AUGGCAGGCUCAUCGCGCAACGCAUCGCCCAUCAAGCGCCUCAUGACUGAACUCCAAACACUACAACACGACCCCAACGAUGCGCUUCUCGAACUCGGACCUACGGAUGAUGAUGUGAUGCAAUGGAGAGCCGUCAUGAAGGGUGUAGAAGGGACGGCAUACGAAGACGGCUGCUGGCUCCUUUCCAUCUCGAUCCCCUCGCAGUACCCCCUCUCCCCACCCACCAUCCGCUUCGUAACACCCAUCUGCCACCCCAAUGUCGAUUUCAAAACCGGCGAGAUCUGCCUCGACUUGCUCAAGACGGCUUGGACGCCCGCAUAUACCAUCUCUAGCACCAUGACGAGUAUACACCAACUGCUCACUAGUGCUGAGCCGGAUAGCCCGCUAAAUGUGGAUGUUGCGCAACUGUUUAGGACAGGUGAUGAGGUUGGGGCGCGGAGCUUGAUUAGGUGGUAUACUAUUAGCGAGCGAUUUGACUGGAAGAACAAGAGAUCUGCGUAA